CGCGUUUGUAUUCCAGACUCUCGCUGGAGUUGUGGAAGUAGAACGUUAAUUCAGGCAUAAGCGCACAAAUUAGUCCUGGAUUGUUACAUCCGUCGAGUUAACGCAAUACAGUACAAGUGGUUCGGAGCUUAUUUCGGACGAUGGCAAAAACCAAGUUAAACACUGAAGCCGAGAAUGGUGGCAAAUCAUCGCCACCAGCAGAAUCUGCAACGGCCUCGUCAUCAUCAUCAGGGCCGACUCCAGUUGUCCCACUGGACAAUGAUAACAUUUCAACCCGUGUCGGUACCAGAACUAAGAAAGCAAAAGUCGUGUUCGAUCCAUCUGAUAAUUAUGUACCAAGGAAACGCGUACGCAAAAACGAUUUGCCACAGCCGGAAUCACCUGUGGGUUCAUCUUCAGCGAAAUUGGAAGCUGUGGUUCCUAAAUCGCCAGCUAAGUCGGAUGGGCUGAGCGACAAUAACAAUGGAAGUGUAGCUAAGCCACGAUUAGCGCUUAGUCCCACGAUUGCCACAAAACAAACAACUGGUCACACAUACAGACCAAAAGUUCUUGGCAGUGGUCCAUCAACAGAAGCUGCCCGGCUGGUGGGUACAACCGGUGGAAAUAUGGAGCCUGCUUCUCCUCGAAAACAUGAUUUCAAACGGGAACCCAAUUGCGACAUGUGUCACAAGGUUGAACAACAACGACGUGGAUUCAAGCUAAUUGAUUGCUCUAGCUGUGCUUUUCGAGCUCAUUCAAAAUGUUUGCGAGCCCAUCCCGUUUAUCAAAAGUUUCCGAUCAGACUAAACUUUCGCUGCUUUCAGUGCAUCGAAUGCGUCGUAUGUGGAAAAUCGUUGCGGGGUGGAAAUUUGCUAUUCUGUUGUGACUGCCAGAAUGCUUUCCACGCAAAUUGUCACGGACCAUCUGCGUCGAGUAGCAGCAACUCCAACAGCCCUUGGGUUUGCAAACGUUGCUUAGGCGAACGCAGCCCGGUGAAGCAGUCUCGAUCUCAAGAAAAUCAAUCCGUUGUUGAUCGCCCGGAAUCGGAAGACAAUGCCGACGAUGAAGCUCACCAGGAAUUCGCGGGUUUCAGUGAUAAUGAAAUCAGAAAAGAUUCGUUUUCUCUGUCAGAUUCAGCACCAGUGAAUGACAGUGUCAUUCAACCGGACGAGGACGACGACGACGACGACGAGGAAGAAGCAGAUGAAGAACCUGACCAGGAUGACACGGUGGAGGACAAAGAUGUUGGUAAUGAAGAGGAAAAGUUCGAUCCUCGUCUUGAUAACUUUGAGGACAUACAAAACUGGUCUUGCGAUGAUGUGUAUCAAUAUUUCAAGCACUAUUUUCCCGACUAUGCUCAUUUGUUCAAGGAACAGGAAAUCGAUGGACCAUCGUUGAUUCUGAUGAGAAAAUCAGAUAUCUUGUCUGGGUUUGGAUUGAAACUUGGUCCUGCAAUAGCGCUGUACCAACGGAUCGUCAUGAUGCAGAACAAUGAUAGGGAUUUUCGUCUCACUUGGAUUUGAAUUACGAAAUGUUGGAUGUUCUUUUCAAUGCUCAUUUUCGGAUUGAGCAAACUUAAUACUAAUAAGUUGGAUAAUUUUCAAUUAGUUUGUAAUGAAACUUAUUUUAGGUGAAUUUAUUCGUAACGCGCAGAGUAUAAAAUUAUUUC